GUAGUUGAGUCAUUGCAGCUCAGCCUCACGUAUUGCAGAUGUACGGAGAGUGGGCUGGACAGUGCCACUGCUGUAUUUCCAAAAGGCACUCACUAUAUUCGGCUUCAUUGUUUAAAGCAUGUAGAAAUAAAUUCUCAGUACCACAGUAAUCCAGGUCUCUGAUGCUUUACAGAGCAAUUUGCUUUGAUACUUCUGACCUUCCAGCUUCUUGAAAUGGGGUCUAGACACUUGAUAUCUGCACACUGUCCUGCUUUGCAUUCAUCUCUGUAAAUGCAGUUGCUGGUGUAAACUCAAGUUGCAUUCCAUCUCCUCCUCUUAGUUCAUUAUGCUGUAACUAAUACUAAUACCUUGCUUUAAAAUGACUUUCUUGCCCUCCUCUUCUCUUCUCUACUUUGACGUUGAAUGGUGGGCGUUUCUUCCCUGAAACGCACGGUUUUGUCCAUUGUCUCCUGCUUCCAAGUGUAGGUGGAUUUCAUUGGGAAAAGCUGCAUCGUGCUGUCAUAGCAACUGUGGUGUCAAGUGGCUGUAGCAAAGAAUGAUGCCUGGAAACUCAGGGAAGCGUGCGUGUGUGGUGAUGGCGGGGGCUUCUCAAUCGCUAUGUAGUGGAGUAGGUCUCCGAUGGGAAAAGCCAGUUCAGUCAGCCUUAUAGGAGGCAUUUGCCUUUGACUCUGUUGGGCUGAUGAUUGUAGCAAAGAUUGGUCUUUGGGCAAGUGUGGGGAAAGAGGGGUGCACUAUUGGCUUGUGAAUCAUACAAGCUUCUGCAGCUGAUCUCUAAGAGGAUCUGGAUUUGGUGAGAGAAUCCUGUUCUGUGUGCAGACAGACGUCACAGGGGAGUAGGUUAAGCCUGGUUAGGUAAUAGUGAAAUUAAGGGGCAUAGUGGGGUGAGAGGCCUGGGGGUGGUGUUAUGAAAACUGUAGUAUGGCCAAGCUUUUGGGAGCUGAAGUUGGGGAGAAUACUAAACGUUGCUUAAUAGAUCAUGACUGCUUUUGUAAAUUCCUCAAAUUAAAGCCCCAGACUAAAUAAUCCCAUCCAUGUAACUGGCUUGCUACUCCAUGAUCAGCUUGUAAAGACACGUUUUAAAAUUUCACCCUAAUGAACAAAAUUCCGAGGAAAGGUUUUCAUGUUUUUUGGACACUAGGAUGUGAGGGAGAGAAUGUUUGAACUAGUUUUUAAAUUGGUUCUGCCAUAUAGUUUGUCUGGCCUGUGUGGCCAGAGCAUAAUCAUUUGCAAACUAUUGCUCUAGCAAGGUUAACUAUUUGCUAAACUGGUUUAAACUAGUCCAACAAGUGAACUUCCUUUCCCCUAGAACAGACAGAUCAUAGUGCUUUGGGAAGCUGGAAAUUGAAUGUUGAUUCUUGCACCCAUCUCUCAUCUGGUAGCCUUUCUAUGGCAGACUUUAGGGACAGGGACUUAACUUUACCUUCCUGUUAAAACUUAACUAUGUUCUAAUAAUGCAGAGGAUUAUGGGAAGCAAUUAAUAGCCUUGUAACUGAUUACAGAACACUCAGCCUGGUGUGUGGUCUUUUUUGUUCCUUUUUCUCUAUCUGUAUACAGCAAUGCCAGGGAAUAUUUAGUGCCCACACACCAAGGUGCCAAGCAUUUAGAAGCCUGUAGUCAUAUCUGUGCUCAGUAAGGGGUCCUCACAGCACACCCCAUUUGUCAGCCUGACCAACUCUAUACUGCUCCAUGCACCAGUGAUGAAAGCAUUAAGUGGCUUAAUAAUAGAUGGGAGAACCAGGGAAAAACACUGUAUCCACUCAAACUAUCUUGCAGUGUAAGCGUAACUGGACAAAAUGUUUUUUUCAUGUUUUUCCAUCUAUAAUUAACCAUUUACCGCAUAAGCAUGCAAGCUUACAUUUACUGCUCCAUUGAUGGCUAGUUAGGUUUUAAUUUGUCUCAAAAUUAGACACACACGUUUUCCAAGACUGAGUCUGAAGUGUAUAUUCCAUCUAAACCUGGAGCCUACUUUUGACUGGCUUCCUGCAAGUCUGUCACAGGGGCAUGUGUCUCUUGGCCACCUUUUCUCAAUGUCCCUGAGAACAGGGCUGCAGCAUUGAUCUGUUUGGGCACACAGGGAAUACUCCCUCAUGGCUGACAUCACCCAAGCUCUAAUUAUAUUUCCCAAGAUUGUUUAUAACCAGAGAGCUAAUUAUCCUCUGUUAUACCACAGCUGCCUUUAAACAUAGGACUUUUGGGGUCUUGUAGCUGGAGAUCUUGAAUGUGGCGUGAAGGCAGUGGGUGUGUGGAGUAUCCUUUGUCCCAUGCAUCUUUUAGAGGAAGUAAGAAAAUCAUUGGAAUAUUGGUUGUGGGGUGAGGGGAAAUCCAGUCCCUUGAAUCCUAGCAUUAGUAGCUAUGGUAUUGACCAAAGGCCCCAGUCGGGAUUGGAUGGCAUUGUGCUGUGUGCUGGGAAGAGAUGAUUCCAGCCCCAAAGAGUCUAGCCUAUAAUCUAAGGCAAAGAGCAUCCAGCGAGCAUUACAAAUGGGGAAGGGAGAAGCUUCUCCUGGAUAUUCUUGCAGCUCUCCCUCUACACACUUAAACAUUUAUUACAGCCUUUCCCAGCUGCAGUGCUUUGGGUGCUGCAUGGAACUAUACUGUCUGCAUCCCGGUUGGGUUGAGGAGGGAGAAAGGAUAAGCGAGGGGGAAAGAGAAGAGUUAACUCUGCUGGUGAGAGUGUGACGUGGGUUGCUUGGGCUUUACAGAGAGCCUGGAGUUGAGCAAUUGGAGGCAGCUCACAUGCCUUGUCACAAAGCCAGUGUCUGGUUGGCUAACUGGGAGGUAUUGCACAAAGGCUUCCCGUUUAAGCAGAAGGGCAGGGCUUGAACAGCCAAUGACAGCUGAGCAUGGACAGCUCAUAGCCAUGUGUCAUGAGACUUGCCGGCAUUUCCUUUCCCCCAGGCUCUGAAACUAGCUCCAGCCGGGGGAAUCGCUCAGACCCCUUGGCCGUGUAGGUCAGCACCUGAGUUGCUGGUACAGAAACAUGCUCUGCUUGUGUCUGUAUGUGCCAGUGUUCGGGGAGUCCCAGACAGAGUUCCAGUACUUUGAGUCAAAGGGGCUCCCUGCCCAGCUCAAAUCUAUCUUCCGCCUGAGCCUCUUCAUUCCUUCCCAGGAGUUCUCUACCUACCGCCAGUGGAAACAGAAAAUUGUGAAAGCUGGGGACAAGGACCUGGAUGGGCAGCUGGACUUUGAGGAGUUUGUUCACUAUCUCCAAGAUCAUGAGAAAAAACUGAGGCUGGUCUUCAAGAGCUUGGAUAAAAAGAAUGAUGGCCGUAUCGAUGCCCAGGAGAUCACGCAAUCCCUCCGGGAUCUGGGAGUCAAGAUCUCUGAACAGCAGGCUGAGAAGAUCCUCAAGAGAAUAAGGACAGGCCAUUUCUGGGGUCCUGUCACCUACAUGGAUAAAAAUGGAACUAUGACAAUUGACUGGAAUGAGUGGCGAGACUAUCACCUGCUGCACCCAGUGGAGAACAUUCCUGAGAUCAUCCUGUACUGGAAGCACUCAACGAUCUUUGAUGUGGGAGAAAAUCUGACAGUCCCCGAUGAGUUCACAGUGGAAGAGAGGCAGACGGGCAUGUGGUGGAGACAUCUGGUUGCGGGUGGAGGUGCAGGUGCAGUGUCCAGAACCUGCACGGCUCCACUGGACCGGCUGAAAGUGCUCAUGCAGGUCCAUGCCUCCCGCAGUAACAACAUGUGCAUCGUUGGUGGCUUUACCCAUAUGAUCCGAGAGGGUGGGCCCAAGUCGCUGUGGCGGGGGAAUGGCAUCAACGUCCUGAAGAUUGCGCCAGAGUCUGCCAUCAAGUUCAUGGCUUAUGAGCAGAUCAAACGGUUCAUUGGCACUGACCAGGAAAUGCUGGGAAUUCAUGAGCGGCUAGUGGCUGGUUCUCUGGCAGGGGUCAUUGCUCAGAGCAGCAUCUACCCAAUGGAGGUUCUGAAGACCCGAAUGGCCUUGCGGAAGACAGGACAGUAUUCAGGCAUGCUGGACUGCGCCAAGAACAUCCUUUCCAAGGAAGGAAUGGCUGCCUUCUACAAAGGCUACAUCCCCAACAUGCUAGGAAUCAUUCCGUAUGCUGGUAUUGACCUGGCAGUCUAUGAGACAUUAAAAAAUACCUGGUUACAACGCUAUGCUGUAAACAGUGCUGACCCCGGAGUGUUUGUUCUCCUGGCUUGUGGUACCAUCUCCAGUACCUGUGGGCAGCUGGCCAGUUAUCCCCUGGCUCUUGUGAGAACACGCAUGCAGGCUCAAGCUUCAGUGGAGGGAGCUCCAGAGGUGACAAUGAGGGGACUCUUCAAACACAUUCUAAAGACAGAGGGAGCAUUUGGCCUCUAUCGGGGUCUGGCCCCAAACUUCAUGAAGGUGAUCCCAGCCGUAAGCAUCAGCUACGUGGUUUAUGAGAACUUGAAGAUGACCCUGGGGGUGCAGUCACGGUGACAAGGAGACACCUAGGAUUCUGAACUCUGAAAUCUUGGGCUGUAAUCCUGGGGUGUAUAGCCAUCUCUCAUUCUGUGAAUGUGUCGACACUAAGCUGACUAAGCAAAGCUGUGAAAAUCCAGUUGUGUGUGUGAGUCAGGAUGGAGAGGAUUUGGUGUCUUUUACCAUCUUGCUACUCAAGAUCUCUGCUUAAACCAUCAAGUGGUUCUUCAAGCAUACAGGGGACCAAUUGGGAGACCAGGGGAUCAACUGCUGCUUGUCUCAAGCUGCAAGUUUGACGCCAGUUUCCAGCAGCCUAGCAGAGCAGGGAUCUUACAUCUAGAAAUAGAGCAGCUGGCCUGGAGAUAUGUAGCAACUUUUGACAUGCUGAAGGAGCUUCUUUUUCCAUUCAGUUUAACCUUCUACCUGUUUAAAAUUGUACAAACUUUGUGUUGGUGCUGCCACCACAGACUUAUUUAUUAUGUUUACAUGUAUUUCUUUUGGUAGGAGACAGUCAUGUUCUGCUUCCAAGACUCUGACAUUAAAUGUAACUUUAAACUGUACCAGUUUUGGGGGCUGGUGAGCAGUGGUUCUUCCACUCCAGGCUGGCCUAAGGAACCUUCAGCCUGUGAAGAAUUAGGAUUAUUUAUUUUUAUAGGUCAGAUCAAAUCUCUCUCAUAAACCUGCUAACAAGAUGCAUUUACUAACAGAAGCAGCAGACUAGAGCCUGCUCGCCUGCAUUGCUGCAUGCUAGAUGGAUUUGUCGUUCAUGCCCAGCAGAGGUUUGGAAAGGGGAAAACUAGAGAGCCCUGAAUGGACUGUUGCCUUGAUGCAUGGCUUCACUGAAUAACUGACCGUACUCUGUACUCUUGUCCAUCUCUGUAGCUGGGCUUCUGGCACAGCAUGGGAGAAGGCUCUGCAGCCUGCAUGGUACUCUGAACGAGGUUCUGCUUGAUGCCAAGGGGGGACGACUGACCCUUUCCAAACCCUGCAGCUAAGCCGCUAUUUAUCCCUCUUUAGAUCUCUUUGUAGACUGGAGUUAGGGUUUGCAUUUGAGGGCUAAGGAAUCCCCAGGCUAGGAGUAAUGUUGCGGGAAGGGAUGUUAGCUGACAUUGGGAGGAAGUCGGGCUCAUCAGAGGUUUGAAGAUGACUGCUUGCUUUUUCUCCCCGAGGGUGCUUUUCAUAGGUGGAAGGGAAGGGAAUGGCUUUAAAAUUUCUCUGACAGUAUUAUGGGCUAUUUCAGUCUAUAGGAUCAGGCUUCUGGGGCCCAGGAGAUCCUCCUCCAACUUUUUGAUUUGGGGCAAAAUGGACCAGUGUCACAUUCCAUUCAUGUCAUACUGCUUAAAUCAUAUUUAUUUUGUAUUUAUUUGAACAGAGUUACGUAAACUAUUUUUAUAGGCUUGUUUAAAUAUUGUUACUGUCCUUGUAUUUCUCCUGUUUAAAGUUCUGUAUUAUUUUCAUUUGUACCUUUACCAUCACACAGCUCAGUAGCAGGGGGAGACACUGAGGUCACUAGUGUUCUCUAAAGCUUGAGCUGCUCUUUUUAUAUCUGGGCUGGUUAUUGGAGGGCCUCAGUCAGUCAAGAGAAAUUCCCUGUAGCAAUAAGCCAUAGAAGGGAGGGGAACUGAUUAGCUAGGAAACAGUCCACUGGGACAAGGGGUGCGGAAUGGUGUAUUUUGAGGCUUGCCUUGCUGUGGAAUCGCCUCGCAUGUGUGUGACAGAAAGGAUUUCCUGUGGAUGGCUCAAGCUGGGGAAGUGGAAGGUCUGUGUAUGUUGAUGUCUCAACGGCUAAUUGAGAAAGGGUUGAUUUGGAAUUUUUAUGGGAGAGGUAAAAAAUCUCAGGGAUUUAAAAAUAAGACAAGUUGCCAGUUUCCAGAAAUGUGGAAGGAAACUUGCACUUGGACAGAAGCUGCUGCAGUUCUGUUGGAAGGCGAGUGGGCAGACCUGCUGCUGAGUCCCAGUGCUCCUCACACACAUGUGCACUAUGGAGAAGUUUGUGGGAAUGGGAAGGGCUUCGUUAGGCACUCCUGGCAGUUGCUCCGAGUGUGACAGGCUUUGGUAGUAUGGGGAACCUUUAGUCCUCAGGUACUCUCCUUGCUGUCUGUUCUUGCCAGAUGGAAAUCUAACUUUGUACCUGGAUUAGUGACAUGAUUUUUUUUUUUCACCUCCUCCUGUGAGACCAACUAUUAAUUCUGCAGUGGCUCCUUCCUACCAGUGUGGCCUAAUGGGAAUAUUCCGAAUACAAAAAUCAAUGCAAAAUGUGACUGUCUUUGUAGCUGUAACUGCAAGUUGUCAGAACACAAAUCUAACCAAUGAGAUUCCUCAUGGAGGGAACAGUCUGCUAAUAAAGGUCUAUCAAAGUUA